AUGGCGGAGGAGGACAGGGAGCUGUUCCAGGAGGCCAUCAGUGGUUUCGAGGUAUUUGUCUUCGGCCGGCUGCUGCCUUGGGGAGAGUUUUGCCGCGAUUUGCGUGCUUGGUUGCUGGAUACUGGUCAGGUCCCCGUUGAGGGAAAACUCGAGAGCAGCCCCCGCGAGAGAGAGUUGAGCAGGCGGCUCAGUCUGGCGAAGCGGGAGUACUUGGCAGGUGAUAUGGCGGAGGAGGACAGGGAGCUGUUCCAGGAGGCCAUCAGUGGUUUCGAGCUCUUGGUGGACGGCCGGCUGCUGCCGUGGGGGAAGUUUUGCCGCGAGUUGCGUGCUUGGUUGCUGCAUGCUGGUCAGGUCCCCGUUGAGGGAAAACUCGAGAACAGCCCCGGCGAGAGAGAGUUGAGCAGGCGGCUGAGUCUGGCGAAGCGGGAGUACUUGGCAGGUGAUAUGGCGGAGGAGGACAGGGAGCUGUUCCAGGAGGCCAUCAGUGGUUUCGAGGUCUUGGUCUUCGGCCGGCUGCUGCCUUUGGGAGAGUUUUGCCGCGAGUUGCGUGCCUGGUUGGUGAGAAGCGGUAAGCCUCCUCUUGCAGGUGUGCUCGCGAAUGACCAAUUCGAGAGAGAGUUGGGCAGGCGGCUGAGUCUGGCGAAGCGGGAGUACUUGGCAGGUGAUAUGGCGGAGGAGGACAGGGAGCUGUUCCAGGAGGCCAUCAGUGGUUUCGAGCUCUUGGUGGACGGCCGGCUGCUGCCUUGGGGAGAGUUUUGCCGCGAGUUGCGUGCUUGGUUGCUGGAUGCUGGUCAGGUCCCCGUUCAGGGAGAACUCGCGAGCAGCCCCCGCGAGAGAGGGUUGAGCAGGCGGCUGAGUCUGGCGAAGCGGGAGUACUUGGCUGGUGAUAUGGUGGAGGAGGACAGGGAGCUGUUCCAGGAGGCCAUCAGUGGUUUCGAGGUCUUGGUCUUCGGCCCGCUGCUGCCGUGGGGAGAGUUUUGCCGCGAGUUGCGUGCCUGGUUGCAGGAUACUGGUCAGGUCCCCGUUCAGGGAAAACUCGCGAGCAGCCCCCGCGAGAGAGGGUUGAGCAGGCGGCUGAGUCUGGCGAAGCGGGAGUACUUGGCAGGUGAUAUGGCGGAGGAGGACAGGGAGCUGUUCCAGGAGGACAGGGAGCUGUUCCAGGAGGCCAUCAGUGGUUUCGAGGUCUUGGUCUUCGGCCCGCUGCUGCCGUGGGGAGAGUUUUGCCGCGAGUUGCGUGCCUGGUUGCUGGAUGCUGGUCAGGUCCCCGUUCAGGGAAAACUCGCGAGCAGCCCCCGCGAGAGAGAGUUGAGCAGGCGGCUGAGGCUGGCGAAGCGGGAUACUUGGCAGGUGAUAUGGCGGAGGAGGACAGGGAGCUGUUCCAGGAGGCCAUCAGUGGUUUCGAGGUCUUGGUCUUCGGCCGGCUGCUGCCGUGGGGAGAGUUUUGCCGCGAGUUGCGUGCCUGGUUGCUGGAUACUGGUCAGGUCCCCGUUCAGGGAGAACUCGCGAGCAGCCCCCGCGAGAGAGAGUUGA